ACUUGCUUUGUAGACCUCUGCCUGCCUCUGCCUCCUGAGUGUUGGGAUUAAAGGCGUGUGCCACCACUGCCCGGCAGUUGCCAGUCUUUGCACACACUGUCAAUCAUUGGCACUCAGAUCCUCUAGGGAACCUUUGCCAUCCUCACUCUUUGGGGAGGCUUUGCUACCCCCAUGGGGCUAAGGCACUGGAGGCCUUGACAUGGACGAGCCCUAGUCAACACUACACAUGUACUUAGGGCUCCUCUCACUCCCCCUGCUCCCUAUGACCCCCUCCCACCCCCAUAGGCUAAUCUGAUCCUCAGUCAAGGCCUUUCUCUCAGAUGACUCUUGUCUGACUCUGUUUGACAAUUAAAGCUAACUAGGACAAGUGUCUCUUCUUCAAGGCACAGCUAGUCUGCAACUCUGUGCAGGAGGCUGCAAACAGGGCCACUGUUGGCCAAAUAUGGAGGGUGGCUGGGUUCCCUAGGCUGAGGGCAGUAGAUGUGUUUGCUGCCUCAGCUGCUGUGGAGAGCUGGCCCCUCCAACCCCAGCUUGCCAUGCUGCUCAGCACAGGGCACCCCUAUGGUCUCCUGUGUUGCAGGUCCCUGUGGACGGCACUGAAGCUAAGACAGAUGCUGCGGAGCCCCACAGGCGCCUUCACCAGCCAGCUGCCCAGAAGCAAGCGGAGGGCUAUGGAGGCAAGGAUGUGGUCAGAGGUCUUAACUCUACUCAGCAACCUGGCUGACCUGGCAAACGCUGUGCACUGGCUGCCCCGAGGUGUCCUGUGGGCUGGCCACUUCCCUCCUUGGCUGGUGGGCCUCAUGGGUACCAUCUCCUCCCUCCUCAGCAUGUAUCAGGCUGCCAGGGCUGGCGGCACGGCUGAGGCAGACAGCUCUUGAUGAGGCCCUGGAGUGGCAGGUAGAAGAUACUGUGGGUUAUCAACAAAAGGCUCAGAUUCCCAGAGUGGGAGCCACUGGCCAAAGAUACAUCCAUAACUGUGCACUCCAGUAGCUGUCCCCUGGGUGGGGUGGGAAAAGGGCUGAUAGGAGAUCUCAGGUCCCAGCUAGGGUUUCAGGGGAAGCUGCCCCUUUGGGAAGUAGGGGGCAUAUGAGGAGGACCCCAGGACUCCCAGAGCCAAGGCCAGGCUUGCCAAGUCCCAGGAGGACUCUGCUAGAACCUCCCAUUUGAUGGCAUGCCUGAAGGUGAGUGGGAGAGACUUGCCGUGCCUCUAGUGUUGGGCUUUGGGGAAGAUGGAAUACUGGAAUGCCUAUUAAAUAUCUUGGUAUGGUGCCAGUCUGUA